AUGCAUUUUUCUGUGGAGAAAUGCGCAAGUGUACUACGAGAAUACUGCCCUGCUGUGGAAACCAUUACAGAUGUCCUACUCGAGAAGGGAGAGAUAACAGCCGAUGAAAUUUGGAACAUGUAUAACAGUUCUCCACGAAUACCUCAGCCUGCUGUGAGCCCGGUCGAUGAAUAUGGAGCCCUCAUAUAUACUGGACAUUGGGGACUCCAUGGCAUUUCACUUCCAGGAAGAGUGACCUUUUCACCUGGAAACGUGGGGUUUUCAACUUGGGGUUUUCAACUUUUGGUACACCACGUCCAAUGGAGACUCAAAUCAUCAGUGAUGGGACAUGGAAGUUGA